ACUACUCGCAGGGUUGAUGGUUCAAUACCAGGCUCGUUUUGUCCACAUGUCUGUGUCCCUGGUCGAGACAACCGAACCCCAAAUUGCUCCUGUUGUACAACAAACGGCCUCCACGUCGAUCGGUGUCGGCAGCUUGGAGUUUCUCAACUCUGGAUUUGACCUGCCGGACUUUUCCAAACCCCGAUGAGUCACAGGUUUGUCAAACUGAGCCGGGAGGCUUCAAAUGACCCGACGGCAGCGUUAGAGGAGCAUUCAGCAACCGGGCUUCACGCAGAGGAAGGACGGCAGAAACAAAGAUGGAACUACUCAAUGUCCUCGUCUGUCUGAGUUUAAUCGGUGUGGCUUCAACUCAGGAAGGGGUAGUCAAUCCCAGAGGAAAUCGUCCCGUUGAGCAUGGCACGAGAUCCGAGAAGUGUGCAAAUCAGAUAGAAUGGCCCAUCUGCACAGACGAUGAAUGGGGCUUUAAAUGCCCGUCGGGCUGCAGGAUCCAGGGUCUGAUGGAUAAAUACGACCACGACCUCCUGAAGAGGAUCGAGAAGAUCCGCAACCUCCUGGAUCAGAACAAUGUCAAGUACCGUUCCACUGACCAAGUGUCCAAACAGACCUAUGACAGCCUGAAGGACAAACUCAUCUCUGGCGCUGGAGGUGAUAACAACUACUACAGCUUGGCCCAGGGUCUUCGUGAGAAAAUCAUAACCAUGAAGAUCAAGAUCGACAGACAGCUGAGCGUCAUGGCCACCUUGAAGGAUCGCAUCAAAGACCAGGUCGUCCAGAUGCAGAGGCUGGAGGUGGAUAUCGACAUUAAGCUUCGUUCCUGCAAAGGAUCCUGCAGAGGCUACUCCGAGCACCAGGUGGACCAUGAGAGCUACGUGGCAUUGGAGAAACAGGUUAACCAAAUGAACUCCCAGUCACACCAGAUAACAGAGUCUGUGGGGACACUGUACGUGAUGAAGAGCAGGCCGCUAAAGGAUGCGGAGAAUGUGGACAACAUCUACAAGUCCGGCAUCACAUCCGCAGCGGCAGCACAGCAGAGAGACGAUAUUUUCCUUGAUGUGAGGAACGUCCAUUUGACCCUAGAGGAGGAAGGCUCCAGCUCAUCCCCAGCAACCAUCUCCAAGGUCCCAGUGUGUAUGAGCCUGAAACAGAAGAAUCAAGAUGGCCGACACUCCCUCAGUCACACGCGGACCUACAGAAAGAAACGGUGUCAAGUGAAAUCGGACGUCCCUCUGUGUUCGGAUGAUGACUGGGUUUCUAAAUGCCCUUCUGGCUGCAGACUCCAGGGUUUGAUCUCACAGAUGGAGAGCGAAACAGAGAGCAAACUGUGGAAGGUGUGUAAAACAGCAAAGAUGUAUGAGGAUGCAGCUGAGAAGUCCAUGGCAGAGAUGACACACGUCUACAACUCCAACCGUAGAGUCGUAGUCAACAGAUACAUGUCAGAGCUGAAGUUUGUAGAGCAUGCAGAAGAUUUGGCCAGGAAUCUCACGAGGCUCGUGAAUCGCUCGUCCAGUCUGUCGCAGCAACUCGAGGAACUGGACAGCAAGGUCAAGGAACAGAUUGAGGACUUGUAUCGAACAGAGGUGGACACUGACAUGAAGCUGCGAGCCUGCCGCGGGUCCUGCCGGUCAUCACUGCCGUUCACUGUCAAUCAUCCCAGUUAUCAGACACUUCAAACUGACGUGGACAACACUCUCAACAAGAGAAGCAGGGCCCCUAUGCCUCCUAAAGAAAUCCCACAUCUCACGCUGCAGCCUGUAGAUGUAGACCCGGCACCUUCUGCAGAAUAUAAGACCUUCCCAACAGUCCAGAGAGAAUUGUUGACAUCGGACAGAAUCAGUUAGUUUUGCAGGAGCCGCAGGGGGACUCUGCAGACGUGGAGCUUUUUAAUCUUGCUGAGCUGGAUUGAAAGAGUUUUACAGUUUACAAAGGAAGCAAGAGAAGAAUGGGUGUUUCUUUUCCAUUUCAACAGCACUUUUUACCCUGGUUUCUAAAGGGCUCAUUCAAAUUAACAGGUUUGUUUUUUUGGUUUUUGGUUUUUUUGUGUAUGAUUAUAGUUCACAGAGUGACAGACUCGUGUCCACUUGAAAAUGUGUAACACUCUCGCAUGGUGCAGAAUGCUCACUUGUUGUUGCCUGUUAAAAGUCAGUUUGUCCAGUUUUGCCUAAUGAACACCUCUUUGGCUGAGCCAGCUGUGGCUAAAUGCACCAGUUGCAAUGUUGCCAGCAGUCUGGAUUUUUCCAACAUUUUAAAUGUGAACAUUCAGCAAAAACAAAAACCUUUUUGUACAUUUGAAACCAAUUUUAAUGAAAAACAAAUCAAACUGCUGUAUGAAUCACAACAAGUGUCAGAUGCAUUACACAAAGUGAAUUUCAUUUUCCAUAUCUUCUGUCUUAUUGCUGUACUGGUACUAUAAUGUUAAUGUUUGCUUGACAAAUGACUUUAACUGCAGACCAGUCAGACCGGAACAAGUAUGUCCAAAACACACCUCAAACACUCUUUUCCCCUAAUUUUGAUGACUGUGAAUAUAAUAAAUGUGAAAAUAAAACUGCUCAGGCAAUUGUUACAGUUUUGCACAAUUCUUUUACCUGUUCUAGUCCUAAUGCUAUUUUGUUUUG